AUGGCCUCCCGCCGCCAACGUUUAGAGUCCCCUGUCGACGACUCGUUCAGCGACCAAGAUCUCAAUUUCAUCAACUCCCAGGUCACGGACGACAGUAUUGGCAUGUCAUCCUCACAACAAGACCUCUCCUUUGCCAGCAGCAGAGGCAGCAAUGGCACGCCCAAGACCAAGAACAAGAACAACAACACGUCCUCACCCCGCGUCUUCAGCCGAGGCCCAGGUGUUGUUGACUUGACGGCUAGCAGCCCGACUACACCAAGCCAUCCUUUUUCCGGAAAGCCUCAACAGGUUCCCCUUGGAGGCAUGACCGUCCACGGCCACGGCCCAGGCCAGGAUCACGCCUCCACACCCAUCCCCAAAUUCGGCCAGCCUACACAACUCGUCUCUCAGUUCACGCCUGUUAACACCGGCAACAACAACAACAACAACAACAACAACAACAACAAUAACAACAAUAACAACGCUAAGAACGCUGCUGCUACUGCUAAUCGAAGGGGUGGAAGCGAGCAUAAGCAUGCCUUGAACCCGUCCCCCCACGGCAACGGCGGUCUCGGUCCCAGCGGCCGCGUCGGCGCCAGCAGCCACGCCAUCGGCGGGUCCAAAUACAACAACCUCUUCAACGACCGGGGCAAGAACCGACCCGAGUUCCAUAAGGACUUGUACAGAUCUAGCGGACCUCUCAAGGCCAAUGCCCCAUCUACGACGAAGCCGAAGACGGGGGAAAUCAAGAGGAACAGCAUGGGCAUGCAGCUGUUUAGCUCGUUGGAUGUGGAUCCGCCGGCAGCAGCAGCAGCAGCACCGUCGCCUUUGCAGCCGGGUAGGGGUACGGCUUCGAGGGGGACGGCGGCGGCGUUUGGGGAGAAUGUGUUUUAUACCGAUCCUGACAAGGCCAAGGAGGAUUUGAAGGCGUUGUUGGAGGGCGGACUAGAAGAUGAUGAGGAGAGUGAGGAUGAAGGGACCAAAACGAAGGCGAAGAGUGCAGUUUCGGAGUCCAAGAAGAAGGAGGAGUCGAUUGUUUCUUCGACUGGACAUAUGCCUGGCCUUGCUGUCUCUUUGCUGCCGCAUCAGGUUGGGGGUGUCAGGUGGAUGAUUAACCGCGAGCUUGGGCCCCUGAAGCGUGGUCGCGUUCCCAAGGGUGGUCUGCUGGCGGAUGACAUGGGUUUGGGCAAGACAUUGCAGUCUAUUUCCUUGAUCAUCGGCAACCGAAAACCCGCUUCGUCCUCUGCUCCAGGCUGGAAAACUCACUUCAAGGACAUCAGCAAAGCCACUUUGGUUGUUGCACCGCUGGCUCUCAUCCGGCAAUGGGAGGCUGAACUGAAGGAUCGCGUCAUGCCCGACUUAAACAUCAAAGUAUGCGUUCAUCACGGCCCAAAGCGCUCCACGAUUCCUUCUGAGCUCGCCAAAUAUGAUGUUGUCAUCACCACCUACCAAAUCCUCGUGUCAGAGUUCGACAAGUCUCAUCCCGAUCUGAACAAGGGCGCGCAAGCAGGUUGUUUUGGCGUACACUGGUUCCGCGUUAUUCUAGAUGAGGCCCACAGCAUCAAAAACCGCAACACCAAAGCUGCCAAAGCAUGCUGUGCCUUGCGCUCCGAAUACCGCUGGUGUCUGACCGGCACACCAAUGCAAAACAACCUCGACGAGCUACAAUCCCUCAUCCACUUCCUACGUAUCGCACCUUACGAUAACCUAGCCGAAUGGCGAGCCCAGAUCGACGCGCCCAUGAAGCAAGGCAAAGGCCACAUCGCCAUACAACGCCUGCACAGCAUCCUCCGCUGCUUCAUGAAGCGUCGCACCAAGGAAGUCCUCACCGAAAAGGGCGCCCUCGUUGCCGGCGGCAAGGAAGCCCUCGCCAAGGCAGAAGAGAAGGGCGAAAAGGCGCCUGAAGCCGCUUUCAAGGUUACAGAACGCAAGGUCGUCACCAUCGAGACGGAGUUCAGCCCCGCUGAAAGCGCCUUCUACAAGGGCCUUGGAGGAGCGAGCCGACCAAAGUCUCGAGAAGAUGAUGAAGGGCUGGCGCAGACGAAGCUUGACAAGGACCGGGACGCGCUAUCAGUGGAUUCGGCGACUGCGCCGACGCCUGGUGGCAAAAAGAAGGCUGUUUAUGAUUCGCAGAGUCAGGCCAGUAGUGUGGAUGACUUGGCGGAUAUGAUGGGCGGGAUGGGUAUCCAGGCCAGACAGUGUGAUAUGUGUCUGGGGGAGAUGACGAAGAAGGAAAUUCAGGAGGGGCAGUUGAGGUGUCAAGGGUGUGAGGACAGUUUGAGCCAGUUGAUGAAGGAGCAGCAGAGUACGCAGAAGAGUGUCGAAAGUAAGAGAAGCAGCAAGAAGCAUAAGAAGAAGAAGGUGAGUGUCGUGAAGGAGAAGGUCAAGGUUGAGCUGAGGAAGACUAGAGGGAGAGGAAGGAAGGUUGUAGUGGAUAGUGACGACGAGGAAGAAGAGGAGGGGGAUGAGGAUGAGACGCCCAAGAAGGGCAAGAAAUCUCGCGAUAACAGGAAGCGCGUUGUCGAUAGUGACGAUGAGGAGGAUGAAGGCACUUGGUUGGUUGGCGAGUCUCAGAGGAGCGCAGUAGAUCUUGGUGUUGCCGGAGGCACAGACGACGAGAACGCCGAGGGAACUGGUGAGGAUAUCAACUCCAACGAAGAGAUCUCCGAGGACUCGGAGGACCCGGAACAAGACAGCUUUGUCGUGAAAGAUAGUGAUGAUGACGACUCGGACGACGACGAGAGCGUCGACUCGGACGAAAUUGUCGGCUCCGGCGACGAAGACGAUACCUUUGCCUCUGUCUCCAAGCUCAGCUCACAAGUCCUCAAACAAUCAGAAUCCGAAGAGGAAGCCACUGCUACUGAAGAGUCCGACAUCUCCGGAUCGGAACUCGACUCCGACUCAGAAACCGACUCCGAAGCCGAAUACGGCGUUAAGCGCACCAAGGCCCCGGUAACCAUCUCCUCCAAGAUACACGAGCUCAUCGCCAUCCUCCGCCGCGAAGCCCCCACCCACAAGUUCAUCGUCUUCUCCCAGUUCACCUCGAUGCUCGACCUCGUCGAGCCCUUCCUUCGCCACCAUUUACCGGACAUUAAGCACGUCCGGUACGAUGGUAAAAUGCCCAACGACGCGCGCGAAGCCUCUCUCCAUUCCCUGCGCAAAGACCCGCGCACUCGCGUGCUGCUGUGCUCGCUCAAGUGCGGCUCUUUGGGGCUGAACCUGACGGCCGCCACGCGGGUGAUCAUCGUCGAGCCCUUCUGGAAUCCCUUUGUCGAAGAGCAGGCUAUUGAUCGCGUGCAUCGUUUGACGCAGACGGUUGAUGUUGUUGUCUACAAGUUGACGGUGAGGGGCACCGUGGAGGCGAGGAUUCUGGAGUUGCAGGAGAAGAAGAGGUUGUUGGCGCAGGCGGCAGUGGAGGGGUCGACUGAGGGGGGGAAGAAGAAGGGCCAGGGACUGAAAUUGGGAUUGCAGGAGAUUUUGGAUCUGUUUAGGCAUGAUGGUGGUGGUGCUGGUGGUGCUAAUGGCGGUGCUGGUAGUAGGUUCCAUGCUCAGGAGAAUGAGUUCGCUUCUGCUGCGGGUAGGACGCCGGCUCCGGCUAGGAGGGCGCCUGCUGCUGGUGCGGGGGCUAAUACGGGGGCGAGGAGGGAGCAUGAGGUUUUCGGACGGAGGUGGUAA